AUGCCUUGUAAUGUUGAUACGAUUGUGAAAGUAAAUCAGGUUCGUCAGUCUUAUAAGGAAGAUACAAAAUUAUUUGUUGUAUGGGCGAUUGGUGCUUAUCCUGUUGAGAGUGAAGAUUGUGAGAUGGAGAUGGUUUUGUUUAUUUCAACAAAUCAUGAGGAGAGAGAUCCUAAUUCGCAAUCAAUUUUCGAAAAAAAUGAGUAUUAUUGUGGUGGAAAAGUUGUGCCCAGAAAUUAUAAUGUCAAGUUAAGGUUAAAAAUGACUGUCGCAUCGUCAACUCAUAUUAUGGUUAAAAGAGACCUUGGUUCGAAUAGAUGUCCAUUAAAAGCUUCGCUCGUAGGUGUUACUCAAGAAGCACCAAGAGAGAUUAAUGAAGAAAAUGCAAUUGUUAGUGUAUCAGUGAGUGAUUAUGCCGGGAAAAAUUAUAGUUUUAUAGUUAAAACAGUGUUUCCAUAUCAUAAUACUCGAUUUAAACAUUUGACAAACAAUAACCGAUUAAAUGAGUCAGUACUUUUUGUUGUGGGGCAGAUGGAGGUCAUAGAAAAAGAUCUAUAUGUAUAUGCCGUUGACGUUUCUUUUGUUGAUAUUGAAGGUUCUCAGACUGUUCCAGCAUCAUAUAGAUCAGUUCGUUCAAGACUUUUAAAUGUACAUCAGAGUUUUAACGAAGAUUUAUCUAAGGUUGUUACUGUCAAGGAUUCGGAUUUAGAUAAAAUAGAGAGCGAGUUUGCAAAUGAUUCUGUUAUUGGAGAUUCACAUUCAUCAAAGCGUGUAAGGUUAGAGGAUGAAAUAGAUCAUAUCGAGUAUGUUAGUUCUUGCAGUGAAUUUACAAAUGAAUGUAAUAAGGAAGAUAUGAAUGAGAGUGACGAAUAUGAAGGAAAUAAUACUUACAAUAAUAAUAGAGAGACGUCUAGCCUUGAAAAGAUCGAUAAAGGUAAAGAAAAAGUAAUUCAGCCUGUAAUUCACAAUACUAGAAGACGGUCUGAAAUGUUUAAGGGUACAAAUAGCAACGAGAAAGCGUAA